GCAGGUAGCAGCGGCUUGAGUGAUCUAAGGCAAACCCCUUUCGUCCCUGGAAAAUGCGCAGAUCCCCAAGUCCAGCAGCAUCAUGCUGUCCAUGACCUGCAGUGGGAGCUUGGUGAGCAUGGCCAGCAGGUGCCAUUCAGAAGGGGUCCUGCACCGGAUCCACCAAAACGACGCCGUUGAGCUCCAAAGACUUAGGGAAGUUCGGGUGGCAGCCCAGACGCGGAUCAGGGAAGAGUUUCUACAGAUGCAUGGCCUGUCUCUGGACGAAUGCACGGCGCAGAAGACCGGCAUGAAAUAUCGAAACCUCGGGAAGUCUGGACUGCGGGUUUCCUGCCUCGGCUUGGGGACAUGGGUGACUUUUGGAGGACAGGUAACAGAUGAGGUGGCCGAGCAGCUGAUGACGCUGGCCUACGACAACGGCAUCAACCUUUUUGACACAGCGGAGGUCUACGCCGCAGGGAAAGCCGAAGUCGUCUUAGGCAACAUUAUCAAAAAAAAGGGAUGGAGACGGUCCAGUUUGGUGAUCACGACCAAAAUCUUCUGGGGAGGAAAAGCCGAGACAGAGAGAGGCCUUUCCAGAAAGCACAUUAUAGAAGGCUUAAAGGGGUCACUAGAACGGCUGCAGCUGAAUUACGUGGAUGUUGUCUUUGCCAAUCGGCCAGAUCCUAACACGCCCAUGGAAGAGACAGUACGAGCCAUGACCCACGUUAUCAACCAAGGAAUGGCGAUGUACUGGGGGACAUCACGGUGGAGCUCCAUGGAGAUUAUGGAAGCAUAUUCCGUAGCUCGGCAGUUCAACCUGAUCCCUCCGAUCUGCGAGCAAGCCGAAUAUCACAUGUUCCAACGGGAGAAGGUCGAAGUCCAACUUCCAGAACUUUUCCACAAGAUUGGGGUAGGAGCCAUGACGUGGUCCCCCUUGGCGUGCGGAAUCGUUUCAGGGAAGUACGACGGCGGGAUCCCACCCUACUCGCGAGCAUCGCUCAAAGGUUACCAGUGGCUGAAAGACAAGAUCCUAAGCGAGGAAGGCAGACGGCAGCAAGCAAAGCUGAAGGAGUUGCAAGCGAUUGCCGAGCGGCUGGGCUGCACCCUACCCCAGCUAGCCAUUGCGUGGUGUUUACGCAACGAGAGUGUCAGUUCAGUCCUGCUGGGAGCGUCCAGUGCGGAUCAAUUGAUGGACAACAUUGGAGCAAUACAGGUUCUUCCCAAACUCUCCUCUUCGAUUAUCCAUGAGAUCGAUAGCAUCUUGGGCAAUAAACCUUACAGCAAAAAAGACUACCGCUCUUAAUCGGAGGGGGCGUGGGGGGCCCUGGUUAACCUGGGACUUAUCCCCCUUCCUCCUCUCUCCUGUUUGCUUGCUGAAGCUAUUCUGAAGAAGCCGAGCGAGCACUACAGUUUGCAUCCGAGAAAACCACACUGCGCCUGGAGACGUUCCUAGAGAAACCCGUUUUCCAACGUGGCGAGACCGUGUGUAGGCUUCUUUGCUUUUUUUUCCCUCCCCCCCGCAACCCCUGUGAAUGCAAGAAACACCACAGGCA